AAACCCUCCGCUGUCAUCGCGGAAACGUCUUUCCGCGGCCGCUGUUGAUGAGGUAACGUCUCAGGGAAAAAGGAACGGCGUGAUGUUAUUUCCAGCAGCUCGCGAGCUUCACGAGUUCAGUUUUUUAAAACUUUAAACAAGUUGUGCCAAAACCAUGAGGAGGACGGCGGCGCCGCAGAAGGAACUCCCGGGGAAGCGCUUGUUGCGGGACAGACCGGCGGGGCGGCUCCGGGCGGAAAGCCUCUCGCUGUGAUUGAGCGUCUCCUUGAAUGGGGCGCAGUGUUUUGAUCCUCCCUGUGUUUCUUGCACUGUUCGUGCGCCGUCAGGGGGUCUGCGGGUCCGACCGGCGGAGGGGGGCUCGGUGGAGGAGCGCUCCGAGCUCACAGCGCCGACCGGAGCGCUUCUGGCUGCACGCGCGGCGGCUUUUAUUAUUGGCCUGUUGCACGUGAAUCCGCCGGAGCAGCAGCAAAGAAAGAGACUGUUAGAAAACAGAUGGUCAAGUGAAAGUUGACAGACAUUCGGAUCGACAGAGUGGCCGGGGUCUGCGUAAUUACGCACGCACGCGCUCCUGCUCGAUGCAAAAGUUGGCGCAGAAACUGCAAAAAGUUCUGUGCGCUUUAACCGUGUGUGCCGGCGGAUGCGCGAGGAUGGUGGAGAGCCGGAGCUGUGUCCAGAGGGAGGGGGUGUACCGCUGGUUCUCCGCCCUCACCUCGGCCCAGAGAGCGGAGUUCCUGUGCGGCCUGCUGGACCUCUGCGUCCCCAUCGAGCUGCGCUUCCUCGGCUCCUGCCUGGAGGACUUGGCCCGCAAGGACUACCACUCUCUGCGGGAUGCGGAGAUCAAAGCCAACAACCCCGCCGACCUGUCGGGCCUCACCAACAUCACGGACGAGGUGGUGCGCAGCAAGCUGCUGGUGUCGCUCGCUCUGCUCGGGUCGGACAACCGGGAAGCCGCGGGGGUCCUGUACCGGACCCUGACCCACAUCGACACGGUGAUCAAUAACUACGGCCUGGCUCUCAACGACGGCAGGACCGAGGAGCAGUUCCUGCUGCUGUUCACCAUGGCCUCCAACCACCCGGCCUUCAGCUUCCACCAGAAACAGGUGCUGAGGCAGCAGCUCGGCCAGAUCCAAGACAUCCUGCAGAGCCAGACCAGAGAGGCCAGCCCAGCCUUGGGACAAGGAGACCAGGCCAUCCCUCAGGAGCUCGCUUCUCCUCACCCAGACCUGCGCCCCCCUCCUCCGCCGCCCCCUCCCCUCCCUCCCGCUCACCUGUCUCCACCCCUGAGUCAGAGCCACGACGCCGCGGCCGCCAAGAGCCACCAGGGCAAAGCGGCUAAAGCGGUGAUUGAGAGGGUGGUGCUGCGAGGAGCCACACACAAGUCCGAGGACAACAGUGAAUACAUGUUUGAGGUGAGCCGGUCCGAUGGUUUCAUGGUAUCGGUUGUCAGAAGCCAACAGGAGGUGGCAGAGCUGAUGUCUCAGCUGUCUCAGGCGUUUCCAGAUGAAGGACUGGAGAAGUUCCUCCCUCCGUCCGUAGAGCUGGACCCAAGAUGCCUCACCGCCCUGCCCUGCCAUGUCCUCAAGCACCACAGCGUCCAGCUGUUCUUCACCUCCACCAGGCCUCUCCCUCCCUCCUCCCCCUGCUCUCCCCCGUCCUCCACCCUGCCGCCACCUCCGCCGCCGCCGCCCUCCUUUCAGUCCACGCACGUCGCCCCCACCUGCCCGUUCACCUCCGGCUCCAAUAACGGCUGCAUGGUGCAGUACAGAGGACCCAACAGGGUGGUGUACCGAGUGGCCAGCGUCCAGCCCGUCGUCAGCACCCACGGCUCCGUGCUGACCCGCUCCACUCCUCACCUCUCCUCCAUCCCCCCGCCUCUGCCCCCCGCCGUCCCUCCCCCGCAGCACUCCCCUCAGCUGUCCUCCCUCCCUCCCCCCAUGACGGCCCUGCCAACGCGAGGCCCCGCUCCCGGCGGGGGCGACACCUCCUCCUCGUCCUCGUCCUCCUCCUCCUCCUCCCAGUCACAUCCUCAACACGGUCCGCCACACUCCUUCUCCCAGCACCUCCUCCACCCUCAGUCCCGGUCCCAGGCCCACCCGCCGCCGCCGUCGCCCCAGUCCCAGCCCGGCGCCCCGGAGCAGAACGGCAUCCUGGACUGGCUCCGCCGGCUGCGGCUGCACAAGUACUACCCCGUCUUCAAGCAGCUCACCAUGGAGGAGUUUCUAGCCCUCACAGAAGAAGACCUAAACAAGUACGACCUGACCCAAGGAGCCAAGAAGAAACUGAAGACCCAGUUAGAGCUGCAGAAGUCUGCAGACCGAGAGAUGAAGAUGGAGAAGUGGUCCUGCGGGAGUAUUGCCCGGGUGACGCCUUCCAGUCACAUGGGACCGUCCUCUCACCCCUCCGCCUCCGCAGAGCUCCGAGUGGAGGUGGACGCCGCGUCGCACCACCACCCGGUCUGCACGGACAGCAGCUCGUCCUCGGGUUACUCCAGCUCCUCCUGCUCGCCGCGCACUCCGCACUGCUGCGACUCCGCCUUCGACAGGACCAGAGAGAUUCACAGACGAGUGUCGGGUUCAGACGCAGCAGGCGGUCCGGAGAAGGACCGGUCCGGUCUCUUCAUUCUGAACUCCAGCUGCCCGUCAGGCUCCGGCCGGCCCACGGCCCAGGUCCUGCCUGUCCAGACCGACCCGGCCCCCCCUCUCCCCCCCUCCUGCUCCUCCUCCCACCCCCCCUUCGGCCUCCCGCCGCCCUCCUACCACCCUCAGACGCUUCUGUCCCCGAUCUCCAACCCGGCGCGUAUCCUGACGUCGCCCCGUAAGCCCAGGCCGCCCCCGCUGUGCACGGAGGACAGGACUAAGCCGCUGGUGUCGGGGCUCCCUGCGGCCGGAGCGGGGUUCAGCUCGGGGCUGGGGGUCGGGGUCGGGGUCGGGGUCGGGGUGAGGCUGGAGAACCUGUUCUCGGGCCACGGCGUGGAGGUGUCCCCGGGGCCCCCGGAGCCCGGGGCGUGCCGCGGCCUGCCGGGCGGCAGCAUGAGCCUGAUGGUGGAGACCAGCUCGGCUCUGACCUCCACCUCCAACAGCCUCCACCACGUCUCCCACCCGCCCCUCCACUUCCACCUGUCCUCCUCCUCGUCCCCGUCUCCGUCUGGAUGCUACGCCUACCCCCCCGCCUCCUCCUCGUCCUCCUCCUCCUACUCCUCCUUCUCCUCCUCCUGCUCCUCCUCGAAGGCCGCGGUCCCCGGCCCCGCCUACUACCCGCCCCAGCCCACCUCCAGCCCGUCUCCCGGACCCCCGUCCGGCUCCUCGUUGGACCAGAGCUCCACCCACGUCUCCUCCAUGUGUGUCUGCAGCUCCUGCGGUUGCCGUGGGAACUGCGGCGCCUACGGAGCGUUUCCCGGCUACGCGGCGGCGGGCUACCUGCAGCCGUUCUCGGCCGGGCCGUCCCUCUUCACGCUGGGGCCCCUGCUCCACCUCAGCCCCCUCAUCACCUCCACCAGCUCCGCCGCCGCCGCCGCCGGGGCGGCGCCCUUCUCCUACCCCAUGAUGGUGCCGCCGCCGCAGCCGCUCUACCGCCACAGCCCCGCGCCCCACGACCAGCAGCAGGGCUUCGCUUUCUACCAGCCGCACGGCGUCAUGGGAAACGGAGCCCAGAAACGCGGCGGAGGAAACCUGUCGUGUUACAACUGCGGCGGAAACGGACACCGAGCGGAGGACUGCAAGCAGCCGCCCAUGGACUCCUCUCAGCAAGGGACGUUCCGGCUGAAGUACACGCCCCACGCUGACAGUAAGGACUCUGCAGACUGAACCAGACCUGAACGCACACAGCUGGAGCCAGCGAGACGAGACGGAGACGAGGUGACGAGAGCCACCGGCAGUCUGUUCAGAACCCGUUCAUCCUCGCAUCGUCUCAGGAAGCUGAGAGGAGUGGUGACUCCUCCCUCCUCCUCACAUGAGCGCGACGUUUAUAAAGUUCCUGGAGGCUCAUCAGAGAAAACUACAGAAGAUUCAAACAAAAUGUUGAUAAAAU